GCUGCUUUGCUCCGGCGAGUCCAGCGAGUCCAUCCGCUCCUCCUCCUCACAGCCCUCCCUCUCUUCCUCACCUCAUCUUCUCUCCCUCCCCCACUCUCUCACCAGGGAGAAAAGAUCGAGCCACAGCAACUAUUCCAAUCUUUGAGAUCUCAGCUUCCUCUUCCUUUUCCUGCUUCGGCAAUGCCUCCAGGGGCCGCAACCCUCAUGCUGCUGCUACUGCUCGUGUAGGGGAGAGGAGGCCAUGGCGCCAUCACCAUUGGCAGCCUAGACAUGGACAUGUCCAUGGGGGUGGAGGCAGUGUAGAUGGGCUCGGAGCCUGCGGCGCACGGGCGGCUGCUAUGGGAGGCCGACGGCGGCGGCCGGAGGUACAUUAGCUACGACGCGCUGCGGGGGGACGCCGUGCCGUGCUCCAGGCCCGGGGUGCCCUACUACAACUGUCGGAAAUGCUUGGCACAGAUGGUGUUGCUUGCUGUUCCACGUGUGGUCAUGUCAACGUUUUUGCUUGGCAUCCUUGUUAAGUUUACUUUUCCAUAUGACUGGAACUGGAAAACAUCCUUCUUGUUUAGUGGACUGCUCAGCGCAACCGAUCCCGUCACUACGUUGCGCCCUUGAAAGACCUUGGAUCAAGCAAAAAAGCUCAGUACAAUUAUUGAAGGAGAAUCCCUAAUGAACGAUGGCUAUGCACGCUACUGUGACCCGCAGAUGCGGAUUGUUCCUAUUUUUUAUAUCCUUACAAUGCAUGCAUUUCUUUUCA